AUGACUGUGGCCGCAGCCGUGGCACUGUGGCAUCGUGCCCACCUUUACAAGGCGAUCGCCUGCGUCGUCCUCGCGCUCAUUGCCAUUCAGUAUUUACUCAGUGGCGUGAUCGAUCGCCGAUCUAUAGAGACGAUCUUCACCAUUAACGCAACCAGGUACGCGGAUCGUAGUUACAGGCAUCAUCCACGUGGGCUGAUCAUAUACGGACCGGUGACGGUGUCGAGCAUAUUCGGCAACAAUAAUGCCACCUCGGCGACCCUGUUCUGGAGCGGCAGAGAUAAUUCCAACUUCUCCAAACUGGAAGCUGACUUCUCCACUCGGAACACGUACAUCGUUGGAAGUUCCCAGGAAUCUUUGACCGCGAACUCGACAAACAGCACGGUGAUACCGCGAUGUCCCCUCAUUCCGCCGAAUCUCGUUGGCCCACUGGCUGUGAUCAAGUCGCCCCCGGAGUUGCCAGCGAUGGAGAAGACGUUCACCGAGGUGAAGCCAGGUGGCAAAGGUUGCCCGACGGAUUGCGUAGCCAGGCAUCGUGUAGCCAUCGUCAUCCCGUUUCGCGACCGGCCGAAACAUCUUCAAGCGUUGCUUUACAAUCUUCACCCGAUGUUGCUCCGCCAACAGAUCGACUAUCAAAUAUUCGUGGUGGAACAGAAAGGUAAGGGCCGUGCCUGUUAG